AUGGUUAUGAUGUUUCUUUUUCUCAUUUUAGUAACCCAUGUGUCAGAAGCAUACAAUAAUUGCCCUAAAUGUGGCAGCAUUGAUGUUCCAUACCCUCUUAGCACUGAUGACAACUGUGGAGACCCUAGGUAUAAAGUCUAUUGCAACAAUGGCAUUCUUGAGUUCUUGUCAGCUAGAGGGUUUUACUACAAGAUCCUCAGUAUUAAUCCAAGUGCUUAUAAGCUCAUUAUAAGCCCACCCCCAAUACAGAAAGACACGUGUUAUUCUUCUGAUCUCAAUUCAGGAGGGUUAAAGCUUGAUGAGAACUUGCCCUUCAACAUAUCAACUCAUAACACUGUCAUGUUGUUUAAUUGCUCUGAACGCAUUAUUCGGUCGCCUCUGAAUUGUUCUUCAAUCAGCUUUUGUAGGCAGUUUGAGAACAAUGUGGAGGAGGGACUUGGGUGUAAGAAUACCCUUUGCUGCCAUUACUUGAAAGAUUCUGCCAUGACUUCGCAUAUGAUUAGGCUCAGGGUUGGAGGGUGCACUGCUUAUACUUCAAUGGUGGAUAUGAAGCUUGGAUCUUUUUUUGAUUCAUGGACCUACGGUAUUGAGCUGCAAUGGGUGCCCCCCAAUUGA